AUGGCUGAAGACAUCCCCGUCAAGAGCUCCCAAGACGAGGCCAUCAAUGGCACCUUCUCUCCCAAGCCUAUCUUGCCCAUCAAGAAGUCGAAACUCACCGGCAGUUCCGGCUUGGCUAACGCGUACUCGCCUUUGCUGACGAGAGUCGCUUCUCCAUACACAUUAAACCCUCCCAUAGACAGCGAUGGGUUAUCGUGGCCCUCGCAGGGGGCAAGAGACCGCAUUGAGCAGUCUCCCGAGGAGGCCAAGGCCCGUGAGCAGCGCAUUGCUGAAGCUGUCAAGACCAUUUUGGUGGAGUUGGGAGAGGACACCUCCCGUGAAGGGCUCUUGGAAACCCCCGAAAGAUACGCCAGAGCCAUGUUGUACUUCACCAAGGGAUACGAGGACAACAUCCGUGAUGUGAUCAAGAGAGCCGUGUUCGAGGAGGACCACGACGAAAUGGUGAUUGUCAGAGACAUCGAGGUGUACUCGUUGUGUGAGCACCACUUGGUUCCGUUCUUUGGCAAGGCCCAUAUCGCCUACAUUCCCAACAAGAAGGUGUUGGGUUUGAGCAAGCUCGCCAGGUUGGCGGAAAUGUACUCCAGACGGUUCCAGGUCCAAGAGAGACUCACCAAACAGAUAGCCAUGGCCCUCAGCGAAAUCUUGAGGCCUCGAGGCGUGGCUGUGGUCAUUGAGGCCACCCACAUGUGUAUGGUCAGCAGAGGGGUCCAGAAGACGGGAUCCUCGACCACCACCAGCUGUAUGUUGGGGUGCUUUAGGGACCAGCAAAAAACCAGAGAAGAGUUUUUGACCUUGCUCGGGAGGAAGUGA